AUGGUAGCAGACAGCGAGGCCCUCAUCAACCUCGCACACAACUUCUUCUACGGAGAAGCCGUGCUCUUUGCCGCGGGCUGCCAGGUGUGCCCCGAGGAGAUCACCCAGCGCAACCAGCUUCUGCUGGACGACAGCAGCGUGGGGGUGGCAGGGAGGUGCAGCAACACCUUUUCUGGCCAGCGAGACUACUCGGUGGUGGGGGCAGGCAAGGGCGCCAGGGGGAGUCUCGCAGGCAACUGUCUGACCCACAAUCGGGACGUGAAGUGCCCGUCCAACGCCACUCAGCGCAGCAGGCGUUCUGCAGCAUCACUGACAACGGCCCGUGUGACGGCCAUGGCGCGUGCGUGCCGCCUGCACCGGCCGCCCAGGCCAACUUCACGUGCGCGUGCGAUGGCGGGUACUCUCCAGUGGACGUGGGCAACGGCUCCACUUGCGCCAUCGUCAAUGCCACCACCACCAACUGUGAGGCACCCCCUCACACCUGCACAGCCCCCUCUGGAGCCCACGCUGUGCUCACUUCACAUGUUCCCCCUGCAGGACUUCACAUGGCACAUCUCCGAUUCCAUCUCCUCCACUCCCCGCCUCUUUUCCCCCACUCCCCCUGCUCCCCCCGUGCCAGUGUCGUCGCUGUCAACAGGUGCCAUCGUGGGCAUUGCUGUGGGGUGCUUCGCCGGGUUCACUCUGCUCACCGCUGUGCUCGCCUGGCUACUGUGGCCCCGUGGACAGAGGAAGUGGGAGGGGCUGGACCUGUGCGAGCAGUUCUCCCUGGAGCAGCUGGUGAAGGCUACGGACAACUGGGCGAGUGACAACGUGCUGGGGAAGGGCGGGUUUUGCACCGUGUACAAGGGGUGCUCGCCGCAGGGGCUGCUGUGGGCAGUGAAGCGCUCCACUGUCAUGACCAACGACUUUGAGACCGAGGUGCGCACCAUGGCAACGCUGCACCAUGUGAAUCUGGUGCGCCUGCUGGGCUUCUGCCAGGACCAGAACGUGGAGACGGGCAAGCAGGAGCAGAUCCUCGUGUACGAGUUCGUGGCCAACCGAGACCUGCACCACCACAUCUACAAGACAAAGAUGGCGGGCACGCCCGGCUAUGUGGAUCCAGACUACAACCGCUCCAACGUCAUCACGGCCAAGAGCGAUGUCUUCAGCUUCGGCAUUGUGCUCCUGGAGUUGCUGAGUGGAACGCCGCCCACCUUUCACCGUGCAACCCAUAUCAAGAGCUGGGCGCGGCAGAGGGUGGAUGCGUAUGAGUUUGACGAGCUCAAGGACAGCAAACUGGAGGCCAGUGAGGAGGCCGUGGUGGACUUUGCUGACCUGGCACUGGACUGCAUUAAGGCGCCCGGCACACGCCGCCCCGACAUGAAGGACGUGGCAUACCGUCUCCGUGCCCUCAUUGACAAGCACUGCCCUGACAAGGAGGAGGAGUGGGAGUGUGGUAGAGAAGAGAGUGUAAGCACCGGAGGGGAGUCGUUUGCCAUGGCCUAUUCUGCUGUUGGGAGCUCGUUGUUCAGCUCGUUUUUCGGCCCGAUAGUGUCAUGA